UUCCCCAGGAAGCAAGGCUCGAUAGGAACUGUUUUACACGGUGCACCAUGGCGGAGGAGGAGAAGGAUCCCCUGAGUUAUUUUGCAGAGUAUGGCAGCUCGGACAGCAGCAGUGAGGAGGAGGACGGGGAUAAGGAGGAGAGGCCGGCGGAGGAGAAGAGGCCUCCCCCCGCACGACGCCUUCCCGGGCCUGAUGAGCUCUUCCAGACUGUCAGCCGCCCGGCCUUCCUCUCUACCCCUUCUAGCUCCACCAUUAACUGGGAGAAGAGGCUCAUCCGACCCCCUGAGGAGCCCCCCAGAGAGUUUAAAGCAUGGAAGAUGAAUGCUGUUCCUCCUCCAGAAUCCUACAAGGUGGAAGAGAAGAAGGGACCGCCCCCCGAGUUGGACAUGGCUAUAAAGUGGUCCAGUAUGUACCAAGACAAUGGAGACGAUGCUCCUCAACAGGUCAGCAAAGCAAAGUUUCUUCCGGAUGAGGAGACCGCCAUUGACUCUCCUGAUGAAGAGGAAGAGCCAUCGUCGGCUAAAAAGCGGAAAGUCUCGUAGCUGUAAUCUGUACACAAGCAGUCUGGAUCCUAUAGGAUUGGAACGCCGUUCUACUAGAGCCAUGUGACCUCCAGAGUGCAGUCAUAACUGAGUGUAGAUGUUUCACAUGUUCCUAGUCACCAGUGCUUGGUCAUACAUGUGAGAGAGCGGGACUACUGUAUAUGGUGUAUACUAUACACACUUGUCUUGGUGAAUGUAUUGAGUUGUAAGGAACUUUCUGUCUAGCAAUACAUCGGUGUUUUUAUUUCUCCCAACCAGUGAAAAUGCAGUUUGGUUCUGCCGCUCGUCUGCAUUGUCUUUAGAAACCUUUUAUAAAGGAGUGUGUAAUCAGACUAAGUUAUUGUAAUAAUCCCCCACAGGGGCAGUUUUACAGGAAAACCUACUUUGUAAAUAGGUCA